AUGAUUUCCAAGAUCACUGCACCUUCGUAUGGAAAGUUGUCUCUGUUCCCUCUCUCUUCCGAGGAGCCUUCUCACCGUUUCGAAGUCCACAACCCAGCUACUGGCGAAGUAAUCACUACCGUCCAGGGCGGCGGUGUUGAUGAAGUCGAAAAGGCCGUCAGCAUUGCACAGAAUGCUUUCAAUGAAUGGCGAUGGGUUUCACCUCGGGAGAGGUCUCAACUACUAUUCGCUGCUGCCGAUCGAUUAGAAAGUCACUCAGAAGAGCUUGCGCAAUUAUUGUCGCUAGAGAACGGCAAACCAGUAUCUCAAGCUCGUGAAGGAGAUGUGCCUUUCGUUGUGUCAGUAUUCCGAUACUUCGCAUCCCUAGCCGAUAAGCUUCCGCACGAACUAUACGACAAUGGAGGUAUCUACUCGCAAGUUAUCCACGAGCCAUAUGGAGUUGUUGUCGGCAUACUACCUUUCAACUGGCCACCGAUUCACGUCGGAGGUAAAUCGGCGCCAGCAUUGGCUGCUGGAAACACCGUCAUCAUAAAACCUGGGGAACAAGCGCCUUUGACCGUCUUGCGUAUUGUCGAGAUAUUACAAGGCGUGUUUCCGACCGGAGUGAUACAGGCGAUCCCGGCGGCAGGAAUCAAUGUUCCCCAAGCUCUGGUCGCUCAUCCUGAUGUAAAGAAGGUUUCAUUUACUGGUUCCACGCGUGGAGGGGCGGCUGUCGCGAAAAUAGCUGCAGACACGAUUACACCUUUAUCUCUCGAGCUCGGAGGCAAAAAUGCUUUGAUAGUCUUUGAUGAUGCUGAUGUCGACCUCGCUGUUGGCUGCACUAUUGAUGGGGCAUUCUUCAAUCAGGGUGAAGCUUGUACAGCAUCAUCGAGAUUACUGGUACAAGCAGGCGUCCACGAUGAGUUUGUCCAAAAGCUAUCAGCUGCAGUUAGUUGUCUCAAGGUUGGCCAUGGAAGCGAUGAAGAUACGCAUGUUGGCCCAUUGAUCACCCAAGCCCAUAAAGAGAAGGUCGAAGAUUAUAUCAAAAUUGGCCUUGAAGAAGGAGCGACAGUCAUAGCACAGGCUCCGAAACCAACAGAUCCAGCACUAAGUGGUGGCUUUUAUGUUCAGCCAACUCUAUUCAGCAACGUCACAAAGGAUAUGAGGAUAGCAAAGGAGGAGAUCUUUGGACCCGUUGCGACCAUCACUCGAUUUGAUACUUAUGAUGAGGCGAUUUCAAUCACAAACAGCUCAGAGUAUGGGCUCACGUGCGCCAUAUUCUCUCGUGACCAGACAACAGCAAUGAAAGCGGCUAGACAGAUUGAUGUUGGAAUGGCGUUCAUCAACAACUUCAGUCGGCUGGCACUUGGCACUCCAUUCGGCGGAGUAAAACAAAGUGGAUAUGGCAGAGAACACUGCAUCCAAACGCUAAGAGAAUACAGCCGACCCAAGAAUAUGUUUGUGCCAUCGGGAGUAGGGCCUAUUCCCGGUUGGAGGAAGGUGCCUGAACUUUUGAAGAAAGCAAUCUGA